UCCCCCAGCAUUCCAACACCCGUGAACUGUGCUCCUUGCAAACCCCGCCAUGGCGCCCCGAGCCAUCACCAGCGCCCGCCGCCGCCUCCUCCUCGCCCUCACCUUCUCCGCCGCGAACACCGUGUGGGCGCACGGGGGCGGAGGGGACUCGGACUCGGACGGGGAUGGCGGCGGAGCGAAGCCGGACCUGCGCACGCGUGGGCUCGUGGCGGUGAAGCUGUGGUGCCUAGCGCUGGUGUUCGCCGGCACGCUGGCCGGAGGCGUCUCGCCCUACUUCAUGCGCUGGAACGAGGCGUUCCUGGCGCUGGGCACACAGUUCGCCGGAGGGGUCUUCCUCGGCACCGCGCUGAUGCACUUUCUGAGCGACGCCAACGAGACAUUCGAGGACCUGCUCCCCGACAGCGGGUACCCCUACGCGUUCUUGCUCGCGUGCGCGGGCUACGUCGUCACCAUGCUCGCAGACUGCGUCAUCUCGUUCGUCGUUUCCAGGGGGCGCGGCACCGCCCCCGGCGCCGGCGUUGGUGCAGGUGAGCAACAAGUCACGUGCCUUUCGCCUAUUUGCGCAGUGGCGGGUGAGCUGGGCGGCGUACUGUUGUCAAGGCGGCGGCUGGAGUUGAGCUGGGGGAGGGCAAGGAGGCGCAUGGAUCGUCGUCCGAUCACUCCGUGGCAUCCAUGCUGCGCAACGCGAGCACACUUGGUGAUAGCGUGCUGCUCAUCGCCGCCCUCUGCUUCCACUCCGUCUUUGAAGGCAUCGCCAUCGGAGUCGCCGAGACGAAGGCUGACGCAUGGAAGGCUCUGUGGACCAUCAGCCUGCACAAGAUCUUCGCGGCGAUCGCCAUGGGCAUCGCGCUGCUCCGGAUGCUCCCCAACCGGCCGCUCCUCUCCUGCUUCGCCUACGCCUUUGCGUUCGCCAUCUCCAGCCCCAUUGGCAUCGGCAUCGGCAUCGUCAUCGACGCGACCACGCAGGGCCGGGUGGCCGACUGGAUCUUCGCCGUCUCCAUGGGCCUCGCCACGGGCAUCUUCAUCUACGUCUCCAUCAAUCACCUUCUCUCCAAGGGAUACAAGCCCCGCAGGCCCGUUGCCAUCGACACGCCGAUCGGCAGGUGGCUCGCCGUCGUGCUCGGUGUCGCUGUCAUCGCCGUCGUCAUGAUAUGGGACACCUGACGAGGAAUAUGGAUUGGUGUGUGCAGUUUUGGGUGUUGGAGGAAGGACAUUGUUAUAAGAUCUUGCUAGUUACACCACAUGGUAUAUUCUACAGUCCAAGGAAAAAUUAAUGUCACAAAUUUGUUCUAGUAUUCUGAUUAUCCAAGGUUUUGUUCCACCA